CCCCAACGCUAUGUCGUCGCUUCUGUUCUCUCUAGUCAAGUCCUCUGCUUGCAAACAUCCUACCAGCAGGCACUCUGCCUGGUCUCUCCAAUCUGCUGUUGCGAUGCCCGCGCUGAGCCUCAGAUCGCGCGAUGAUGCUACUGAGCUGACUACACUGUCCUUCAACAUAAAGUGUAAGCCGCAAGCAACAAUCGACGAGCACAUGCGAGCACGCUCGCAACAAUGUCCAUGUCGGAUCACUCCCAAGGCACAAUCCUCUCUCCGACCCCUGCCGUCCAUGACACCAUUUCGAAUAACGGAAGCAGUGGCCACUGCUCACCCCUCCUGAGCCGAGUCCGUCCACACUUUGUACAUUGCCUUCUCCCUUCAAGCCAGAACGUCCCGGAGAUACACCUUGCAAUCAAUGACUCAGUUUACUGCACCCCCCAUUGGACGCCAUAGAUAGACAAUAGAGCGCACGCGCACAGACAGGAUUUCGUCUGCAGUCUGAAUCAGCUCGUCCAACGCUCCGCAUCUCGAUCUGCAUGCACCACUCACACUCGCUGCACGCCGCCACGGCGCAGCUCUCCCUUUAGGCCAGAACGCCCCGGGAAUACACCCCUCAGUCAACGGUUCAGUUCACCGCACCUCU